AUGACUGAUUCUUUCAACAACAACAGCACCAAUAUCACAACGGAAUUUCUUUCACAACCACUUGAAGAAUUAAACAGUCUACUCGAUAAUAAUGAUGAAUGGCAAUUUGACAACAAGUGCGUGACAUCACGCAUUGGUUCUCUUAGAAAUUUAUUGCGACAACUUUCUUCCAUGGAAAAAUCUAUACAAUUCCAAUUUAUCAAUAAAUUAAUAGAUUUUGCAGAGGAAAAUGAUAUUAACAAAUGGAUAUUGUUUAAAGCCAACAUCACUCACAAAUUGCUAACCACUGUAAUUUGGAAGACAAGUCAAAGAAAUGAAGUUGUUGAAAUUACAAUGAAACUAUUAGAAAUCAUUUGUUCAUUUUCUGUCAAAGUUUCAGAUAUCAAGUUAAUAUUAAAUAUGAUUUGUAAUAAAAAUAUUGAAAUUGAAGAUAAUAACAAUAGUCAACAAGAAAAUUCUAGUAGUAGAUGGUAUCAAGGUUCUUUAUUAAAAUUUUUGAAUUCAAUUGCUCAAAAACAGAAUACUUCCAAUUACACUACUUUGGAUUUCUUUUACUUUAAAGGAGGAAUUGAUUCUGGCAUUAGAUUAUCAAGAAUUGAAAAUUUUCCUAUAAAUGGUUAUUCCUUUUUCACUUGGAUAAAAUUGGAUUCUCAUUCAAAUUCAAAAGCCUUUAAUAACAAAAAUAUUAAAAAUAAUGAUUAUUCUCCACGAUUAUUUUCAUUCUUCAAAGAAAAUGGUGAUGGAAUUGAAGCAUACUUUGAUAAAAACAAAUUAUCAAUUCAAUCUAAAAAAGGCACCAAGGUUAAAACAAUUACUGUGAAAAAUUUUAUUUUUGCACAGAACAAAUUGUACUUUGUUACUAUUGUGCAUCAUCCCUCAAAAAAAGGAUGGACUACAACACCUGCUGAACUAUUAAUAGUUAUAAAUGGAGAUAGUUGUUUUGAAUAUCAUUUAGAAUAUCCAACAACAAAUUCUUCUUCUACUACUGCUACUCAUUCAUUUAACUGUUGUGCCAUAGGUGCUUCUUUAGACAUUGGCUCUUUACAAAAUAGGUCAAAUGACUACAAUUUAUAUGAUAUCAGAUACCCUAAACAAAGAGCAAAUAAAGAUACUAUAUGA